AUGUCGCUCACAGACGCAGGGCCAGCCGAGGCGGCACGCGCGGCCAAGACGGCGUCGCAUAUUCUAGCGACGCUGUCGGCAGACGAGCGCAACUCGGCGCUGACGGCGAUGCACUCGGCGCUGACGGCAGCACGCGAGACGAUCCUGGAGGCCAAUGCGGCCGAUCUGGCAGCAGCAGAGCAAGAGGCAGCGGCCGGACGGCUAAACCCAUCUCUGGUGUCGCGUCUGGAUUUGGGCCGCAAAGGAAAGUGGGAGGACAUGCUACAAGGCAUCCUGGACGUGCGAGCAUUGCCAGAUCCUCUCGGCAUUGUGACGAUCCGCACGCGGCUGGACGACGGGCUCGAGCUGGAGCGGGUGUCGUGUCCGAUCGGUGUGCUGCUGGUGAUUUUUGAGGCGCGUCCGGAGGUGCUGGCCAACAUUGCAGCACUGGCCGUCAAGUCGGGCAACGCAGCCCUGCUCAAGGGUGGCAAGGAGUCGACGCGGACGAUGUUGGCGAUGGCGGCGGCACUGUCGACAGCGCUGCUGCAGAAGGAAUCAGCAGUGCCGUCGGCAGCGGUGCAGCUGGUGACGCGGCGCGACGUCGUGGCCGAGCUGCUGGCGUUGGAUCGUGACAUCGAUCUCGUGGUUCCGCGUGGGAGCAACGAGCUGGUGCGUUCGAUCAAGGCUGGGACGCGCAUUCCAGUGCUCGGCCAUGCUGACGGGAUCUGCUCCGUCUUUCUGGACAUCGGCCUGUGCUCGCCACCGGAUGCUGCCAUGGCGGCUGCUGUGCUGCUUGACGCCAAGACCGGCUAUCCAGCUGCCUGCAACAGCGUCGAGACGCUGCUCGUUCAUGCCGAUGCUGUCGAGAAGCCGGCCUUUGCUGCCAUCGUGGUCGCUCUGCUCGCGGCCGGUGUUACUCUGCACUGUGACGAGGCCACGCUCAAGGCGGCCUCUGCUGCCGUGACUGCAGACGGCAACGGCCAGACGAAGACGUCGCUCCUUCGGCCUGCUGUUGCGGCUGACUUUGACACCGAGUUCCUCUCGCUCGACCUCGCCGUCCGGACGGUUCCGUCGCUCACCGCCGCCAUCGUCCACAUCAACGAGCACGGCUCGCACCACACGGACGCCAUUCUCAGUCGUUCCAGCGAGAACGCCGAGCAUUUCAUGGCCGCUGUCGAUUCGGCUGGCGUCUACUGGAACGCGUCCACGCGCUUUGCUGACGGCAUGCGCUAUGGCUUCGGCACCGAAGUCGGCAUCAGCACCAACAAGAUCCACUCGCGCGGGCCUGUCGGCCUCGAGGGUCUCACCAUCUACAAGUACAAGCUGCGCGGCACCGGCCAGGCCGCCAGCCAAUAUGGCGACGGCAAGCGCUACUUUAAGCACGAGCCGCUGCCGUUGCUGUAG